GAACGGCAGCGGGACAGCCAGUGCAUGUGUUCCAGGUGUUCCAUGUGUGCCAGUAUUGUCAGAGGAGAGAAGCGCUGAGCCCCCAGAUGGAUGAGCAGCCUCGCCGCGGUGCAGGAGGCCCAGGAGGGCCGAUCAGCAGCGACUCCCUGAGCGGUCCAGUCGUGCCCGCGCCCUACUUCAGCCAGCGCAACGUGGAGAGCGGCUACAGCCGCCACAGCCGCGGCCCCCUGGGCUGGCAUGCGUCUCCGCCCCCCCCUCCCGUGGCCCACCUCCUCAAGACCCUGCUGGUUGGGAAGAAGGAGAAGUCCGGCUUUGUGCGCAACAUAUCAAACCUGCAGAAUCUUGGCCAGUCCUACGACCACCCUCAGCGUUUCCUCACCUUCUACAACAGCGACUUCUGUAAUGGUGGGUUUCUAAGCCAGAAGAGACCGGAGUUACGGGGGUGUGAGAUGUCUCUCCUGGAGUCCGGCUUCACUCGAGGCACCAGGAGCUCCCUCAGCCAUACUCCCGGUGUGAGUUUGGAGGCCCAGCCCAGUGCCCCGAAGGCUGGCUCAGUGCCCGUGGGUCAGGGCGUUGGCAGGAAGGAGCGCUCAGGAUUUGUCAACAACAUGCCAAACUUCCAGAAGCUUGGAAGCAAUCUGCAAGACCCUGAGCGUUUCCUCACUCACUACCAGAGCACCUUCUGCAAUGUUGCUGGCUUUCAAAUGAAUGGAUAACCAAGCUACAGGAGAGAAGCAAAGGGUUAUCUGGAGGGGAUGGUGCCAGUGAAAAACCUGUCAGUCAUGAAUAAAGUUCAUUC